UUAUGGAUUCUCGUAUCGUUGACAUUCCUGAAGCUAUGCCACGGGGAUUGCCAUUCACACUCAAGCGAUCUAAAUUCAAGAUGGCGUCAGGUUGACGUCAUGGAGAAAUACGCGCAUAGCUUUCUGCAGCAUCUGCCAGUUUUAGAUGAAGAAACUUGCGAUACACAAAAGCAUUUCGUGGCAAUAUUCUCUCAAGCUUUAGUAGAAUACGCUGCAAAUAACAUCACAGAUCAUAUCUCUGCAGUCAAAGAAGCGGCUCAUAACACUAAGAAGCUAUUAGACAAGUCGUCAAACGAAGUCGGCUCUAAGCUACGUUCGAUAAUAUCUAUAAUAUUGUCUAUUGUUGAACAGCCAAUAAUGGACAUCCAAGCUGUCUGCUCUUAUAAAGUCCGUGAAAAGGAAUGUUCCUCGGCAUUAUCAAGUAUACAAGAUGCAAGGUUCAAGAGAUGUCCUCAUUACUCUAAGAAUUUAGCAAUUUUCGAUGGUUUUCGAAAUUUAGUGAACAGCUGUGAUUACAAGCAAUUCUUUGAUCGUAUGAUAUCUGAAAGUUAUUUUGCAGAACCUUGUGAAGCGAUUGAUUUCUUUAUUGAAGCCGCGGCGGUUAAAUAUAACUCAAUAUUUCAAUUGUUCAAGACGUUGUUUAAAAAUUUAAGUAGACAACCUACGCCUUGUAGAGCUAUGGUUUUCUACUAACAAUUUGUUAAUCAAAUAACAUUAUUACA